UCACUAUAAGGCAGCUGCACAAGGCACAGACCACUGUAACUUCCCUCCGGAGACCCUUAAUCAGGACCAUGCUGGUGCUACAUUCUGUAUACACUUUGCUUAUACUGGUCCCACUGUGCAUUUCGGCUGAAGAUGACCCAACACGGCCUGAACGGAAUCCGUGUGCUAACUGGAUGGGGGGAGCACCGGGGUAUCCUGGACAUAAUGGACUUCCUGGAAGAGAUGGCAAAGAUGGGAAUAAUGGAGAGAAAGGAGAGAGAGGAGAACUAGGUGCUAAAGGGCAGAUGGGAGAUGUUGGUGAACAAGGACCUUCAGGACCUGAGGGUCCACGUGGCUUUCCAGGUCUCCAAGGCCAAACAGGAGAGAGUCCUUUUCUACAUCGUUCAGCCUUUAGUAUGGGUCUGGCAACCAGAGUUACCACCCCCAAUGUGCCUAUACGCUUCACUAAAGUCUUUUACAAUGAGCAGCGCCACUAUGAUGACACCACAGGAAAGUUUACAAGCCAUAUUAAGGGUCUUUAUUUAUUCACCUACCACCUCACCGUCUACAUGAAGGAUGUCAAGAUUGGAUUAUACAAGAAUAACAAACCCAUGAUGUUUACCUUUGACCAGUUUCAGACAAAUAACGUGGACCAGGCCUCUGGCUCCAUCCUUCUAGCCUUAGAUGUUGGAGAUGAAGUCUGGCUUCAGAUAUACGGGGAGGAUUUUGGAGGAAUCUAUGGCGAUAAUCUCAAUGACUCGUCAUUCUCUGGAAUCCUGUUGUAUCCAGGCUAUGAAACCAUGUAACUCUUUUCAUAUCAAACAAAAAAUGCCCUACUAUUUGUUCAAGAGACAAUAAAGGUUAUGUCAUAUGUAAAA